AUGUUUGGGGUGACCCCAGCCAUCUCGUUGUUCGGGAUCGUCGGAAACAUCUUCAGCAUCAUCAUCUUGAUCCGACACGGCCUAAAUAAAUGUUCCAACAUUUUGUUGGUAGUUCUGGCGGCCAAUGACAUCUGCUUCCUGAUUGGUUUCAAUAGCGUCCCCAACUUCCUGUAUGACCUGGGCGGACCAGUUGAGGGCUUCGCAUACAACCCACAAGUGGGCUUCUUCCUGUUUAUUCUACACCAACUCUUUGAGGUCAUGGACUAUGGAUGUGGUGCCGUGUCCUUGACCUUACCUGUUCUGAUCACUUCCGAGAGACUUAUUGCCGUGUUCCUGCCCCUUCAGUUCACCCAAAUAGUAACACCAAGACGAACCUGGUGUGCUGUCGUCAUCAUAUGCGUCUGCUGGUACGGCUUUUUCAUUCAUAUGUCGUUUUUGGUGACCUUGCAAUAUGAGUUUAGCCCAGCCUCUAACACGUCCAUUGGGCUAAUGAGGCGCUCUGACUACUUCAACGACAUUAUUGAGAUUGUCCCAGUUCUGGAGCUGUCUAUGUCUUAUCUAUGUCUCAAGAUCCCGCCUGUAGCGACCUUCGUUGGUUGCGUGACGAUUGUUAUCAAGGUCAAAAUGGCGUCCGUGAGGCGGCUGAAAAUAACUUCAAAGAGCAAUAAGGCGUCGAAGUCAAACCGUACAACAAAGAUGUUGUUGGCCGUGUGUACGAUGUACACGAUGACGUGCGGCGUCAUGUCGCUCCCAACAUUCCUCCCCCAGUACAUGUACUACACCAUGACAAGCGACGCCCCAUCUAAUCUCGGUAGAAUCAUGUACCAGGUCAUGAACCUUGCCCUCUGUAUCAAUAGUUCUUGGAACUUUAUUAUUUAUGUCGUCAUGAACAAGAAUUUCAGAAAGACGUAUUGGUCGCUUUUUGAUAGGAAAAAAUCUUAA